CUCAUCUUGAGGCCUGUCAAUUUGGUUAAUAAAAUCAGUUGUUCAACCUGAAUUCAACAUAGACCUACCUAGUUGUUGUUCAAUGUGACUGCGCUAUAUAAACCCGUGUAAUAACUUAAAUGCCUAUGUGUUACCAAUGUCAUCAUAUAGCCUAAGGCACCUUUAAUUUAAGGGCAAUUUGUGAUUGAUACAUCAAUUUUGGACUUUUGAAUUAAUUAUAUAUAGCUUACCCAUUGACAGUGCUUAAAAUGUAUGCACUAUGCAGAAAUCACUCCGCUAUUUCCUGGUUACUAAAUACUAAUAGUUUGCCUAAUUUCAGUUUGUGACAAAACAAGCAAGUAUAGUUGAAAAUCAUUGCACCAUCUAAACCUCUGUGAAAUAUAUUUUCCAUAACCAAAACUAUUUUAUAUUAAGCUACUUGAAGCUGGUGUACAAAACCGAAGUAAAAGACGCAAAACCUAAACUUAAGAACGGGAAACAUAGAAAUAGCGCACUUAGACCGCUUCUUAGAGUGGCUUCCACUUUUCAAUGUGUAUUUGGUCAGGUAGCCCAAAAAGUUACUUCUUGCAGAUUUAAUUUGAGCCACCUCUGUUUUGGACUGUUUCGUUCCAGAACCUAUUGAAUAAUUUUCAAUGCAAUGUAAAAGUUAUAAUAAAAACAGAGUUAAUUGAAAUUGCCUUCUCGUAAAAUGUCCUGCCCCCUAAAAAAAAGUAAUGUGAAAAUUUAGGUUUUCAGCCGCUGCCUGAUUAUUCUAAGAAUGUAUUCUGGUUGGGAGGCCUGGGUUUAUGGUUUGUGCAACAUUCUGGACAGAAUGGUGCCGACGAGGAUGGCUGCCGUUUUUACGUACUCCUAACCAACUGUGCUAUCAUCCAGAGGCAUGCUCCUAGUAGCCGGACUAUAAUGCAGGGAAACUUAAAUCUGUUUUACUUAAUUUCUACCAGCAUGUUAAAUGUGCAACCAGAAGAGAAAAAAACUCUAGACCAACCUUUACUCCACACACAGAGACGCAUACAAAGCUCUCCCUUGCCCUCCAUUUGGCAAAUCUGACCAUAACUCUAUCCUCCUGAUUCCUGCUUACAAGCGAAAACUAAAGCAGGAAGUACCAGUGACUCGUUCAAUUUGGAAGUGGUCAGAGGACGCAGAUGCUAAUUCUGCUAUGCCCUCCGACAAACCAUCAAAGAGCCAAAGCGUCAAUACAGGACUAAGAUUGAAUCAUACUACACCAGCUCGGGUGUUUGUCGGAUGUGGCAGGGCUUGCAAACUAUUACGGACUACAAAGAGAAGCACAGCUGCCCAGUGACACAAGCCUAUCAGACGAGCUAAAUAACUUCCAUGCUCGCUUUGAGGAAAGCAACACUGAAGCAUGCAUGAGAGCAUUAGCUGUUCCGGAUGACUGUGUGAUCACGCUCUCUGUAGCCGAUGUGAGUAAGACCUUUUAAACAGGUCAGCAUGCGUUGAACAACUGGCAAGUGUCUUCACUGACAUUUUCAACCUGUCCCUGACUGAGUCUUUAAUAUCAACAUGUUUCAAGCAGACCACCAUAGUCCAUGUGCCCAAGAACACCAAGGUAACCAUGAAGUGCUUUGAAAGGCUGCCUAUGGCUCACAUCAACACCAUUAUUCCAGAAACCCUAGACCCACUCCAAUUUGCAUACUGCCCUAACAGAUCCACAGAUGAUGCAAUCUCUAUUGCACUCCACACUGCCCUUUCCCACCUGGACAAAAGGAACACCUAUGUGAGAAUGCUAUUCAUUGAUUACAGCUCAGCGUCCAACACCAUAGUGCCCUCAAAGCUCAUCACUAAGCUAAGGACCCUGGGACUAAAAACCUCUCUGUGCAACUGGAUCCUGGACUUCUUGAUGGGCCGCCCCCAGGAAUGAGGAUUCAGUGGUGAGCUACAAGCAGCUGAAGAACAUGUUGUCCACUCACAACGUCCAGCUGUUUGAUGUCCGCAACCAAGAUGAGUUCCUGGCUGGACGCAUCCCGGACUCUGUAAACAUCCCAUUGGGCCAGCUGGAGGAAUCUCUAAAGCUGUCACCAGAGCACUUCCAGCUGCAGUUCGAGGUGAAGGCUCCUGGGAAAGAUGAUGACAACAUUGUGUUCCACUGCCAGAAGGGCCGGAGGAGCGCCGAAGCUCUAGCCAUCGCCCGACAACUGGGCUUCAACAGGGCUCGGCACUAUCAGGGGGGCUACAGUGAAUGGGCCGCACAUGAGGGAAAGUGAGUCACUUUACAUCCAUAACAUGAAGCCUGUAUUGGAGUUCUGAUCCAGCUUUAUAACUCCUCUAGUCUGAGUACUGCACCAGAAAACCAAGACCCACAUCGAAACACACAUCUACACAGGAAUUGUAUUUAGAGGACUCAAGUUUUCAGUUACUAUUCCCAACUGAUUGACCUCAGUUAUCUAUGACAACUAACUUACUUGGAAGAGGUUGUUCUGUAUCCUUAUUUCCCUCCUCAUUUGGCUGAAAGACUGAUGUGAAAUGUAAAAGGCAAGAUCAUAAACUGAGAGACUUAAUUCAUCAAUAAAGUCAAUAUUUAGGAUUUA